AUGGAGCUGCUCAAUAGUAAGUUGACAAAGACACUAUUAAGUUCUCUUCAAAAUCUUCCCUUACAUAGCAAUACACUGGCCCAACUCGAAAGAAAAUGCCUUACUAGAAAUAUCAAAGCGACGAAAUCUUUUAAAAUUCCCUUACUUACGUUGAUAAACAGUUAUGAGAAAGCUCAAGCUAGCGGUCAAUCUAAACUAUCGAAUAAAACUUUGGAAUCAAUAAUAUAUCAUACUUAUUUUGAAUGGACUAAUGACCUGGCAUCUCAUUUAAAACCAUUUCAGAGACAAUAUUCUACCCUCCUUACAUUUUGGCCGCAUAUUUACCACUCUAAGAUAGACUCCAAGAAGAAUUCCAUAAUAUUAACGUGGAAUAAAAGCAGCAACUCUAAAAAUAUGUUGAGAGAACUUCUCAGCCAUUUAAAUUAUACUCAAUCAUUAGUCCCUCAGAAAAAAGACUUCCAAGUGAUCUUUAAGAAAAUCUACCAGCAUUAUAUAUUUCUAUCAUUGAAUCCGAGCUUAUGUUCCAACGGGAAGCGAUUACCAUCACCCAUUGUAGAAAUACCGAUGAAUGCUAUGGGCUAUGAUAUACCGAAAAAGAGGAUAAAUAAUUUAUUGAGAAGCAAAAUUGCAAGAACAUGGAACUAUUUAGCGAUUACCAAUCCGAUUUUGAAUCUCGAAAAUGAAGCACAGUUAGAUGAGAUUAUUAACGGAUCGAGCGCAAUAAAGUCAAGGCAACUGAGGAAAUUAUACCGGCGUGCAUGUAGUAAUAGUUAUGUGAUUAAGAAUGAAGAUGACAAUAAUAUUGAAUUUCAAAAAAGCAAGAAGCUCAAUUGGCUCAAUUUUUAA